AUGGAGGAAUCCGAACAGAUCAGCAGCACCGCCGAGCCCCAGGAAGUUCCUACAGUCCAGCUUGCUCUAAUGGAUCUUCCGACCGAGCUGCACAUUCAAGUUGCAGGUCAUCUCAGCUACCCCGAUGCCCUGGCCUUGAAACACAGCUGUCGCCAUUUCUAUUCGAUCGUCUACACAGGGGUUCAUCUCAAGGUGGACUGGCUGGUGGAGCGUUUCGAGCGCAAGCUCGAGUGUCCCAUGGAGAAAUGCUCUUUUCGCACCGAUGAGGCGUUCUGCAACUGGCGUAUUCGGCGGAUCAUGGAGCGUCGGCGUUUGCAUCUCGAAUGCCGUCGCUCUGCAGGCGGGUGUUCGGUCGUCGAAGGUCAAACCUGCGAGACCGAUAUGAUGGCCGCUUGGUUAAAGCUGCAGAGGCGUGGAAAGCUCAUGCAGAAUCUGGUCGGUUGGGGGCGUGAAGGUCAGUAUUGUUUAAUAUUUUUUUGA